AUGGAAAUGGGAAAAUCAAAAAACAAAAGAGCUAAAACUCAGAGUACUGGUCCCAGGUUAGAGAAUGAAGUGGUCGCAACUGAUGCAACUAAAGAAUAUGAAAUCGAGACUGCAGAACAAGACUUAAGUUUAAACAGUAAACUAAAGGUUGAAACCUUGGACUUGUUGAGUUCAAACAAGACCUCUUUGGACACGCGUUCUGAAAUGGAAAUACUAUCGGAUCCAGAAGUACUAAUAGGGACAGAAGGGGAAACUUCUGGAACGAAUUCUGAAAAAUCAGAUGAUCUGCAGGACAUGCAGGGGAAAGCUAUCUACACCACAUUUGCUUCAAGGAAUCACAUUCGUACUAAAAACGAGAAUGUUUUGAUCUUUGACAUUAGAAGUUUAAACAAAUUCUCCAUAAAUGAAAUAAUUCUAAACAUGUACACAAAAAUUGGUGAUGACUUCAUUGCGGCCAAGCUCCAUUUUACUAAUGGGAGACGCACUCAUAUGGAAAUUAUUUUUGCCAAUGAGGAAACACUAAAGAAAUAUGCUAUUGAUGGACAUAAAGAAUUUAUCUCUAACCAAAUUAGAGAGGCUUUUGAGGAUAUAGGUUCGAUUAUAUCCAUUAAACUAUUAGUAUUUGAAGGAACUCCGAUUAGUACCAACCAAUGGGUGCAAAAGAACCUAACGGUGGAGACCACUACCUAUAGCACUAAUAAUCCAUAUAUCAAAAAUCAUCCACAUGAAGUACAAGAAACAAGUAAUCAACAAGGAGGUGACAUUUUGGGUAGCAACAUAGAUCCUUCUACAGAAGAUUCAGCUUAUACCUCGCAGGCCCUAGUGGAAGAAAAAGGUCCUGAAAAUUGUGACAACAGUAUAGCAAUUGAGACAAACAAUGAGGAAAUACAAAUAAAGGAUACAUUAACCUUCCCUGUACAAUCUGGCUCAACAACUGAGAUAUCCGAAAGUAGCAUGAACGAAGACUUGAGAGAUGCUUCGGGGAAUAUACAAGAUAUAAUGGACGAUGGUUUCACUCUAGUUACAGGAAAGAAAAAAGAUAGUAGAAAAGAGAAAUCCCCCACAGUAGUUCACGAAAGACAAAGCCCCUACAAGAGGCCUAAGAGAACAGAGGUACAUCAAGCACUAUGCUGA